GGCUUCUCUGCGAGAGGAAGAAGGCACAACGCUCAACAACUCAUCAACUAAGCUUCUCUGACGUGUCAAACGUAUGUCUCGUGUUCUUUUUGUGUUGCGAGAAUGGGCCACCAGCUCCUCGGUUUCUGUCUGGCGUUCAUCGGCUUCCUGGGUACUGGCCUCAUCUGCGGCCUACCCAUGUGGAAGGUGACUGCCUUUGUGGGGGCGAACAUCAUUACCUCCCAGGUUUUCUGGGAAGGUCUGUGGAUGAACUGCGUGAUCCAGAGCACGGGCCACUUGCAGUGUAAAGCCUACGACUCCCUUCUGGCUCUACCCCAGGACCUGCAGGCCGCCCGUGCCCUCGUCUGCGUUUCCAUCGCUGUCGGCGUGGUGGCCAUCGGGCUCACCGUGGCCGGGGCCCGCUGCAGCAACUUCCUUCGCGACGACUGGCUCACAAAAGCCAACGUCGGCAUCGCAGGCGGGGUGGUGUUUAUGGUGGCGGGGCUCCUGUGUGUGAUUCCCGUCAGCUGGUCAGCCCACAUCAUCAUCACAGGGUUUUACAAUCCUCUGGCCACCGAGGAGAGGAGGGGCGAGCUCGGGGCAUCGAUAUACGUGGGCUGGGUGUCUGGCGCUCUGCUCAUCAUUGGAGGGGGCAUGCUGUGCAGCACCUACAGAUGCUGAGGACGAGAGGCGGAAGGAGCAUAUACUGCCGUCCCUGAGUUGAGAUACUCCCCGGAGUGUUUCAACAUAUUUCAGAGAUCUCCUUUAUCGAUUUUUGACACGACUACAUUGCACUACAGUGAGAUUUUGGGACAGAUGUGUAAAAUGUUUUAAAGGUUGUAGAGCGGGUUCUUGUUUUCGUGGCAAUUUAAAGCAGAAUAAACGAUAUGCCGUGGGUGUGUACUGCAUUGCACUCUGUGGUCUUAGAGUAAUUUUUGUGAUUGGUUUGUGUGGGUGGGUGUGUAUUUUUUGUUCCCCCAACCAUCCAUCCAUUAUCCAAACUGCUAAUCCUGCUCUCAGGGUCACGGGGAUGCCGGAGCCUAUCCCAUCAGUCACUGGACAGCAGGUGGGGAGACACCCUGGACAGGCCGCCAGGCAUCACAGGGCCAACAAACACACACAUUCACACCUAGUAUGGACCAUUCACCUGUCCUACAUCUGUUUGGACUGUGGGAGGAAACCCACGCAGACACGGGGAGAACAUGCAAACUCCACACAGACGACGACCCGGGAUGACCCCCGAGGUUGGACUACCCCGGGGCUCGAACCCAGGACCUUCUUGCUGUGAGGCGACCGCACUAACCACGGCGCCACCGAUCCGCUUU